AUGACACCUCACGCUUUAAUUUCCUCCGAUUUCCACGACGUUAUCAAACCCUUAAUCAAUUUAACAAAAAUAUUCGGUUUCCUCCCAGUCUGCUCGAGCCAAAAGGGCCAAAAAACCUGCCUCAACCUCUCGAUUAACUACUGCAUUUGUGGCUACAUUUUUAGCGCAAUUCUGUUCUCCUUAUCCAUCCUUGGAUUAACCGAAGACUUGAACUCCGCCCCAAUCCGAAUGAAAAACCCCAUCGUGAAAUACAUAAUCCUCAUCGACCUUGGCGAGGUCGCGGUCACAGUUUUAGCCGGAAUUCUAACAACCCCUUUCAAACUCCCCUACUUUUGGAAAAUGUUGACCGGAUUCGGAAAAAUCGAGCAAGUGCUGCCGCCCCACCACGCCCCAGAGGAGAAAAAGCGAAGUUUUUGGGCUGUCACGAUUUUUCUGGUUUUGGCCGCAAGUGUGAUUUUUUUCGAUGUGGUGGUGUGGGGCUUGAGUGCGUCCGAUUUGGGCGUUUUUUUCAAACGCUUUUUGCCCGUGUAUGUGUCGUAUUUGCUCAUUUUUGUGCAACAAAUUCCGUUUUGUUUUUUCGUGCGUGUUAUUCGCCUCAAAAUUGAGGAUUUGAAUGGGGCGUUCAGGGCCGGACUGGAGCGGGUACAAAAUGGGGAAAAUCAGUGGAUUUCGGUCAUGAAGGUUAACAAGCAACCCAAGGUUAUACAGGGCAAAAGUGCGUUGAGUUACGAACGCUUGAACGAGUUUAUGAGGCUGGUUGAGGAGAUUGAGGACGUGAUUGAGGCAAUUAAUGGGUUUUAUGGCGUUCACACUUUGUUGAUUUUAUUCAGCUGUCUUUUGCAUUUAGUGGUCACUCCGUAUUACCUGUUAAUUGAGGUGUGUAACGCUGGGUAUCUGCCUUUUAUUCUGCUUCAAGUUGCUUGGAUUGUGCUGCAUUUGAUUCGUUUGAUGUAUCAAGUCACCACAAAUCUGGUUUUGAAAUUAUUGACAAGUCCUCUACUUCCGGACAUUAAGGAACAAGUCGAAAUUUUGGCUGUGCAAGUUUCGAACAAAAAAAUUAAGUUUUCAUCGUUUGGUAUGUUGAAGAUUAGUCGGUCUCUGUUAACUUCUUUUGGAGGUGCCCUGACGACGUUUUUAGUCAUUUUGUUUCAGUAUGGUGGUAUUCAUGGGAAUGUUUACUAA